AUGGCUGCCAAGACCUUCACUUUGUCUGAAGUCUCCAAGCAUAACACUCCCAAAGACUGUUGGGUUGUUAUCCACAACAAGGUUUAUGAUGUGACGAAGUUCUUGGAGGACCACCCUGGUGGCGACGAUGUCCUAGUGUCUUCCACAGGGAAAGAUGCAUCCAAUGAUUUCGACGAUGUCGGUCACAGCAUAACCGCAACAUCAUUGCUGGACGACUUUUACGUCGGAGACAUUGAUUCAUCAACCAUCCCUUCCAAGGUUGACUACACUCCUCCAAAACAACCUCACUAUAAUCAGGACAAGACGUCUGAUUUCAUCUUCAAGAUCCUCCAAUUUCUAGUUCCGUUGUUUAUCUUGGCUGUUGCAGUUGGUAUUCGGUUCUACAACAAAUCAACAUAA